CCCUUCCUGACGUCAUGACCUCUGCCGUCAAUCACUCUCGGCUCCACCCCAAGCAGCUGCAGCAAUUCGGAUAGAGAACCCACAUCCGAUCCCGCCCCUGAUGUCAGCGCCCUACUCCGCCCUCACUCUUGGCCCCGCCCCGCGCGGCUGCAGUAGUUCACGGAGUGGGGGAGGAGGAGCCCAUGUCGACCCCGCCCCUGACGUCACGCCUACGCCAUCCCCCACGCUCGGCCACGCCCCGCGCGGCUGCGGUAGUUCUGAGUGGAGAAACGAGAGGAGGGUCUGCUGCCAGCACUGACAGCUCCGGAUCCCGCCAGCCAUGACUUCGGCCCCCGUGGAGGCGGAGACCCGGCAGAAGCUGCUGCGCACCGUGAAAAAGGAGAUCUUGUGCCUUCGCCACCUCCAGCAAGCCCUCCCUGACCUCCUCUUCUGUUAUUUGUUCUCAUAGAGCCACAUUCCCUGCUGCAGAGAACUGGUCUCGUGUUCCCAUUUACCCAUUGUGUGGCUUAGUUUAUCUCUUUCGUGUCUGUGGACACACAGGAGGCAUUCCAGAGAUACAGAAUGAUUGAAUGACACUUUGGGUUCAUGUGAUAAGUGCUUGGAAGGAGGUACUAAUGGGACUUAUGGAAAUGAAAACAUACUUGUUUACCCUGCUUGGAGAACCCAGGGAAGCUUCGAGAAGGAGGUGAUGUCUUGGCUGAAGAUUGCAGCAUGAGUCACAGGUAAAGCAGAUCAUGGAGGAGGCUGUCACACGCAAGUUUGUCCACGAAGACAGUAGCCACAUCAUCUCCUUCUGUGCGGCAGUGGAAGCCUGUAUCCUGCAUGGGCUGCGUCGGCGGGCAGCUGGCUUUCUGCGCAGCAACAAGAUCGCAGCUCUUUUCAUGAAGGUGGGGAAGAGCUUCCCACCAGCUGAGGAGCUGAGCCACAAGGUGCAGGACCUGGAACAGCUGAUUGAAAACGCGAGGAACCAGAUACAGGGCCUCCAGGAGAACAUGCGGAAGCUUCCGAAGCUGCCUAACCUGUCCCCGCUUGCCAUCAAGCACCUGUGGAUCCGCACAGCCUUGUUUGAGAAGGUCCUGGACAAAAUUGUGCAUUACCUGGUGGAAAACAGCAGUAAAUACUAUGAGAAGGAAGCGCUCCUGAUGGACCCUGUGGAUGGCCCCAUUCUUGCAUCUUUGUUGGUGGGUCCCUGUGCCCUGGAGUACACCAAGAUGAAGACUGCAGACCACUUCUGGACUGACCCUUCGGCUGAUGAGCUGGUCCAGAGGCAUCGCAUCCAUAGCUCACAUCUGCGGCAGGACUCACCCACCAAGCGGCCAGCCCUCUGUAUCCAGAAGAGACAUUCGAGUGGCAGCAUGGAUGACCGGCCAUCCCUCUCUGCACGUGACUAUGUGGAGUCCCUGCACCAGAACUCUCGAGCCACCCUGCUCUAUGGCAAGAACAAUGUUCUGGUUCAGCCGAGGGACGACAUGGAGGCUGUGCCAGGGUACCUGUCCCUGCACCAGACAGCUGAUGUUAUGACCUUGAAGUGGACACCCAACCAGCUGAUGAACGGCUCUGUGGGGGACCUGGACUAUGAGAAGAGUGUCUACUGGGACUAUGCCAUGACCAUCCGCCUGGAGGAGAUUGUCUACCUGCACUGCCACCAGCAAGUGGAUAGCGGUGGGACAGUGGUGCUGGUCAGCCAGGAUGGCAUCCAGAGGCCACCCUUCCGCUUCCCUAAGGGAGGUCACCUCCUCCAGUUCCUCUCAUGCCUGGAGAAUGGGCUGCUCCCCCACGGUCAGCUUGACCCACCGCUCUGGUCCCAACGGGGCAAGGGCAAAGUGUUUCCCAAACUGCGAAAGCGAAGCCCCCAGGGUUCUUCCGAGUCUACGUCUUCAGACAAGGAGGAUGAUGAGGCCACAGAUUACGUGUUCCGGAUCAUCUAUCCCGGCAUGCAGUCUGAGUUUGUCCCCCCGGAUCUGAUGGAUGUCUCUGUGAGCAACCUCCCAUCCCUAUGGCAACCCAGCCCCCGAAAAUCCUCCUGCUCAUCCUGUUCACAGACUGGCUCAGCUGAUGGUAGCUCAAACAGUGGCUGCAACCACGAAAGGGCUCCUCUGAAACUGCUCUGUGACAAUAUGAAGUACCAGAUCCUUUCCAGAGCCUUCUAUGGAUGGCUUGCCUACUGCAGACACCUGUCCACUGUGAGGACGCAUCUGUCAGCCCUCGUCAACCACAUGAUUGUGUCUCCAGACAUGCCCUGUGACGCUGGGCAGGGACUGACAACUGGGAUCUGGGAGCAGUACCUUCAGGACAGCACAAGUUAUGAGGAGCAGGAACUGCUGCGUCUAAUCUAUUAUGGAGGCAUCCAGCCAGAGAUCCGCAAGGCUGUGUGGCCCUUCCUCCUCGGCCAUUACCAGUUCGGAAUGACGGAGACAGACAGGAAGGAGGUAGAUGAGCAGAUUCAUGCCUGCUAUGCACAGACCAUGGCUGAGUGGCUGGGCUGCGAGGCAAUCGUGCGGCAGAGGGAACGGGAGUCACAUGCAGCUGCCCUGGCCAAAUGCUCAUCGGGGGCCAGCCUGGACAGCCAUCUGCACCGGAUGAUGCACAGGGACUCCACCAUCAGUAACGAGUCCUCGCAGAGCUGCAGUUCCGGCCGCCAGAACCUCUGCCUGCAGAGUGACUCCAGCAGCAGCACACAGGUGUUUGAGUCCGUGGAUGAGGUUGAGCAAGUGGAAGUAGAAGGCAGGAUGGAGGAGAAACUGCCCAAGAUCCCUAACGGGAACCUGGCAAAUGGCACUUGCUCCCCAGAUUCUGGUCAUCCUUCUUCCCACAACUUCUCCUCUGGCCUCUCAGAGCACUCAGAGCCCAGUCUGAGCACAGAAGACAGUGUCUUGGAGGCCCAGCGGACCAUCCCCCCCGUGCUUCGACCUGGGGACAGCAGCGUGGAGGAUGGGCAGAGCAGUGAGGCCACCACUUCCCGGGAUGAGGCCCCUCGGGAGGAGCUAGCUGUGCAGGACAGCCUGGAGAGCGACCUUGUGGCCAAUGGGAGCAUGGAUGAGUUCAUGUCCAUCACUGGCAGCAUGGACGUGGCCCUGUCUGAAAAGGACGGUACAGCGGUGGAGGGCUGGCAGAGCAGGGAGACAGAAAAGCACAGCCAGGUGGACAGUGAGGACAACCUGUCGGAGGAGCCAGAGAUGGAAAGCCUCUUCCCUGCUUUAGCUUCUUUGGCCGUGACCACUUCUGCCAACAGUGAAGCAUCCCCCGUCUCUUCCAGUGGCGUCACCUACUCUCCUGAGCUGCUGGACCUGUACACUGUUAAUCUGCACCGCAUUGAGAAGGAUGUGCAGAGAUGUGACCGCAACUACUGGUACUUCACACCUGCCAACUUGGAGAAACUGCGCAAUAUCAUGUGCAGCUACAUCUGGCAGCACAUUGAGAUUGGCUAUGUGCAGGGCAUGUGUGACCUUCUGGCUCCCCUGCUGGUCAUUCUGGAUGAUGAGGCCCUGGCCUUCAGUUGCUUCACAGAGCUCAUGAAGAGGAUGAACCAGAACUUCCCCCAUGGGGGCGCCAUGGACACACACUUUGCCAACAUGAGGUCCCUGAUCCAGAUCCUAGACUCGGAGCUCUUUGAGCUGAUGCAUCAGAAUGGGGACUACACCCACUUCUACUUCUGCUACCGCUGGUUCCUGCUGGACUUCAAGCGAGAACUCAUCUAUGAUGAUGUCUUCUCCGUGUGGGAGACCAUCUGGGCAGCCAAACACGUGUCAUCCGCCCACUAUGUGCUGUUCAUCGCCCUGGCCCUCGUGGAAGUCUACCGCGAUAUCAUUCUGGAGAACAACAUGGACUUCACUGACAUCAUCAAAUUUUUUAAUGAAAUGGCUGAGCGGCACAACACGAAGCAAGUCCUGAAGCUCGCCCGGGACCUGGUGUACAAAGUGCAGACGCUGAUCGAGAACAAGUGAACAUGCUGUGCCCUGACCACACCACCAGUCACCAGCCGCUGUCCUCCUGCCCUCAUCCCUUACGCCAGCCCAGCCUGAUGUGGAGUCCUGGCAUCUGCCCAUGAAUGUGGACUUCUGUGUAGAGAGAGGGGAUCCCAACCUUGGCCAUUGGGCAGGUGGGGUCAAGGGGUGGACCCUUCAGUUCAGCCUUAUGUUUUCCUGUUUGACCAAAGAUCGCCCAAGUCUGGGAUUCUCCCUCACAGACCGGAGGUGGUAAGUGGAUGGAGGAAGUGUCUUCCUUCCCACUCUCCUCUUCUUUCUUCUGACCCUCAUCUCUUCUGAUGAGACUGGGGGAGGUCACUCUUUAGGAAUUUGGUAUCAGGUCCCUGGGACUCCCUUUGUCCCCUGAAAAGGACCUCUGGGGAAGUUCCAGAACCUGCCUGCAAGCCUGGCUUUGAGCAGGUCUGUCACCCUUCAGCAUUGAUAACCUUUGAAGCCAGCAAAUGCUUUGAGAUGAGGACUCUUCCUGUCCACUGGAAGAUGGUGAGCACUGUCCCUGGCUUCUGCUCAUCAGAUGCCAGUAGCACCUCCCUCUCACCCAGGUUGUGACAACCUAAGAUGUCUCCAGACUUUGCCAGCCCAGUUCUCUUUAGGAAGCUCCCCUCUGUCCUGUGGCCUUUCCAAUUUAGAAAAGGCACACAGAUUCCUUCACAAAUCUCUGCUGAAUCCCAGGGUCCCAGUGGCUGUAUUUUCUCCUUUUUCCUCCUUUGUCUGAUGCCAGGAGAUAUUUCUUUUCUUCUUUUCAAGAAAAGCACCAUCCAGCCCAGUGUGGUGGCACACACCUGUAAUCCCAGUACUUGGGAGGCUAAGGCAGGAGGAUCUCCGAGAGUUUGAGGCCAGCCUGAGCUUCAUAGUGAGUUCAAGUCCAUCCUGUACUACAUAGUGAGACCCUGUUUCAAAAACAAACAAAAAACAGCAACAAAAAGAAAAGCACCUUCCUGCAUUUAAAGUGGAACCUGAGAAUGUCUGUAUGGCUAAGACAGUCUGAGACACUUUGAAGUCCUGUCUGGAGCUGAGGCAGGGCCUCACUUCCAAGGGAAGACCUCACUUCUGACCACAUACCAGGGGGCUUCAGAGGUUUGGGGAGGUGUGUGUUGGUGGCUGCCCCUGGGCUUUUCUGUAAGCACCCUUGCUCACUCAGGAAGGAAGGAAAAAGAGGAAAAACUAGGUGGGGCCUUCAGUGGGCAAGUGUUUUCCCUGGAAAACAUCUGCUGCUCUGAGCCUGCUCUCAUGGCUGGGUCUAGGAAUUGUCCCCUUCUUACCAAGGGCCACCAGUCCCCAGACAGACCCUGGGCGACCUAGUACACGUCCCCUCAGCUCACCAGAGAGGAGCCCGGCCACCUGUCCUGCUCAGAGAGUGGUCAGAGAAUGACCACUAGGGUUUGAAGAGGGAGGAGACAGAGAAAGCGGAUUGGAGCAUUGCCAGAGGGCAUCUUUCAGUCCUCGGCUGGGCAGAACCCCUGCCCUGCCAGCUGCUCCUUCCACUGCAUCUGAACCCCACCCUCCACCCAAAGGGACAGAAUGUGAGAUCCCAUGGCCCUUGCUCCCCAGGAGAGCUCUUAAGAGCCCGGAGGGAAAUUUGAGGCUGCUGUAGCCCUCAUGGACAGGAAGGGGAGGAGACAGCUUCUGCUGCCACUGGAGUCGCACCUCUGCCCCUGACCCCAAGACAGGAGAAAGAUAGUCAGAUAAACCUUUAUUUGCCACUCAGCUGUGGACUACAGAGGAUAUUAUUUUAGCACGACCAGGGCUCAGGCCUCCUGAUUCUUAUUUAUUUUUGUAACAGACCAGACUCAGAGUAUAGCACAAGAUCUCUUUGCCUUCCCGUGUGGUGUUCUGAGAGCAUGUGUGCUUGUGGUUUGCAGUGACGCGUAUUUAUUCCGUGUACUGUGCUUAUGCAGACCUCUGUCCAUUGUGUAUGUCUUUGUGUUUUGGAAUUGAAUGUGUGGGAGUCAUUCUCUCUAUGGAGUGCUCUCUUUUUUCAGUGUUGUAAAUGUUUACUGAAGAAUUGUGUCUAUAUAGAGAAAAAAUAAUAUAUGAGCAGAGAAACAUGAA